UAACUACUGGAGCCAAGGGGUUAGGAAAGGGGAGGAGUAGAGGAGGGGUGGGGUGGUACAAGCUGGAGGAUAUAAGGACAUUCGCUCUCUCCUCACACACACCCUGGAGAGUUGAGCAGUCGCACACACCGAUCUGUAACCAUGAUGCUGAGGAUGAUGGGAGUUCUGCUGUGCGCUGCGCUGGUCGCCUGCAUCGACGUUGUGCCCCAGAAAGACUUCAACCUGGAGAAGAUGGCUGGUAGGUGGUGGAUUGUGGGCUUUGCCACCAACGCCCAUUGGUUUGUUAGCCAUAAGGCUGACAUGAAGAUGGGCACUUCUGUGAUGCUGCCCACCGCCGGAGGAGACCUAGACCUCACCUACACCAACCUGAACGCUGAUGGUACUUGCUGGAGGAUGACACAUCUAGCCAAGAAGACUGACAUCCCAGGCCGCUUCACCUUCACCAGCCAGCGUUGGAACAAUGAAAAUGACAUGCGUGUGGUGGCUGUCCAGUAUGAUGACUUUGCUCUGAUCCACACCAUCAAGACCAAAGAUGGAGUACCUGAGGUGCUCAACAAGCUCUACAGUCGCACUCCAGAGGUGAGCACAGCACUGCAGCAGAAGUUCAUGCAGUUCUCUCUGGAUACAGGAAUCAUCUCCGACAACAUCGCUAUCCUGCCCAAGAAUGGUGAAUGUACCGAGGCAUAAAGUGUUUCUUCACUGAUCCCCCCCCCCCCCCCCUCGUCGAAUCCUCCUCCACGGUUCCACCUCUCCUUUGUCUCUCCAUUUCACAUCCAAACUCUUCUCCUGGGAGAAGACUGGAACAAGAAACCCCACCCCCCGAUGCACCACUCUUCAUCCCUUUUCUACAUGUUUUUUACUGCUGAUAUCUGUUGUUUUGAUUUUCUUGUGCUGAAAUAAAGAAUGUGUAACAAC